UCUCACACAACCUCAGCAGUCUCUCCUAAUUUCAACACAAUUUAACCAAUGGAAGCUUCCAGAAGGGUGGAGUUGGGCCUAGCCCUGGUUCUCGCGGCGGCGCUGCUGGGCCGAGCGGCGGCCCAGUCAGGCUGCACUGCCUCCCUCUUGAGCCUCUCGCCAUGUCUGAACUACAUCACAGGAAACUCAUCCAAACCCUCCUCUUCUUGCUGCUCACAGCUCUCCAGUGUAGUUCAGUCGUCGCCGCAGUGCCUUUGCUCUGUCCUCAACGGAGGCGCCUCGUUGUCCUUGGGCUUCACAAUAAACCAAACACUCGCCCUUUCUCUCCCCGGGGCUUGUCAAGUCACCACCCCACCUCUUAGCCAGUGCAAAGCUGCCAACGCACCGACGGCUUCGACGGUCCCACAAGCGAGUUCACCUGCAGAAUCUCCUAACGAGACCCCUGGGGAUGCAUUGACGCCUACCUCAGAACCAGACGUCCCUUUGGGAGGAGGGUCAAAAUCAGUCCCAUCAACGGAGGGAAGCUCAUCUGAUGGUAGCAAUGUCAAAGCUCCCCUGCGUUUCGUGCUCUUCCUCCUCUUCACUCUGUCAUGUUCUUCAACUCUUACCAUUUUCUGAGUAUUAUUGUUUUAAACUCAUAGAUAGGUAGAGAGAGUGCCCUUCUUGUAGUCAGAUUGUGAUUCUUUUCUUUCUUUUCCACGCGAG